ACAAUGGGCAUGGAAUGAACGAGUUUGUUCCUCGGAGAACGGCUGCUUAUAUCAGCCAGCAUGAUGUUCAUAUUGGAGAAAUGACUGUGAGGGAAACAUUGGCUUUCUCAGCAAGGUGCCAAGGGGUUGGAUCACGUUAUGACAUGCUAUCUGAGUUGUCUAGAAGAGAGAAAGCAGCAAAUAUCAAGCCUGACCCUAAUCUCGAUGUCUACAUGAAGGCAACUGCAACUGCAGGCCAGGAGUCAAGCAUCGUAACAGAUUAUACAAUGAAGAUUUUGGGGUUGGAUAUAUGUGCUGAUACUAUGGUGGGGGAUGAAAUGUUGCGUGGGAUAUCUGGAGGACAAAGGAAGCGUGUGACUACCGGAGAGAUGUUGGUUGGACCAGCAAAUGCCUUAUUCAUGGAUGAAAUCUCCACAGGGUUGGACAGUUCCACAACAUUCCAGAUUGUGAGCUCUCUCAGGCAAUAUGUUCACAUUCUAAAUGGAACUGCUGUUAUAUCUUUGCUCCAGCCAGCACCCGAAACUUAUGACCUUUUCGAUGACAUUAUCUUAUGCAAGAAUAAUAUAUUUUUAAUUCACAUGAAGCCACUUUAUUGGAACUAG